CGCAACAUUAAAAAUUAACAAAAUUUAAUACGUCAUGCUUUUUGAAAAUGAGUGCUCUAACAUCAAACAGACCUAAGAAACUAAUCAAAAUUUGUCCAGAUUGUGCAAUGGCACAUUUUGCAGCUUGUCACAGAGGCAUGGAGACCGGCCCCGACCUCUCUCAGUCUUCUUGUCCCGUGGUCAGGACCCUCAACAGCUUCAAAGACAUGAUGAAAGUCCCCGGUGAAGUCACCAUGCUACAGCUGGUAUUUCUGGCCUUCCGCCUUUUAUUUACCAUAGCCAUAGCAUUUUCACGGCUCGUGAUGGCACUUAGACCUGUCCUGGAGAUGCUGGUGCUCCUUCUACUAUUCAUUGUUGAGAGUGCUAUACGGAUUCGCCAGGAGAACGUAAUUCACAAUAAGGUCUUCAAAGGGCUAGGCUAUACAAUUGUCGCAGGCUGCCUGUGUUAUUUCGCCUACAUCAUAGUCCUAAUAUUUGCUCUACCGGUUCUCACUCUCCUUCUUUCUAUCGCCCAUAAAAUGCUGAGCUUCUUUAUUUGAUCCUGAAAGUCAUAAAAUUACAGGACACUUGUUUGUGGUAAUAAAUGAGCCUGUUUGUUACAA